AUGAAAUAUUCAAACAACCCUUAAUUUCAAUCAAUUGAAAAGGCUAGGAGAGAAUCUCCUUCGACUGAUAGGUUAAAAGUGUUGACAGAGAAAUGGUCUAAUUUAAAAUAAGGAUUGGAUAAAGAGAAGAAUGACAAGAAAGAAUUAGUAGAAUAGCACAUCCAAAGAAUAGAGUCCCUUUUGAAUUAAGAAAGACCUAAGGAGGAGCAAAAGUUCAAGACUUUGAAAGAUCAUUUGUUAAAAUUACAAGAUUAAGUGUAUCAGGAAAAAAAUGAUAGAGAACUAUUCGAUGAACUAAAAUAGAAGGACCUUCGUAAUUUUGAAGAAUAGUUAACUUAGCAAGUGGAAGACGAAAAAAGUAACAAAAGAAAAUUAGAAUUGUAAUUGUUAAAAUAAAUUGAAGAAAGGUUCAACAGUCUUAACUCAAAUUUACAAUAGAACAAUGGAAAUUGCAAAGAUAAAACUAACAAAUUGUUACAAAGCAUUACUUUGUAGAUGAGUGAAUUGAAAUAUUUAUUAGAAGGAGAAACUCAGAACAGAGAAGAUUCAUAGAACAAUUUAAUUGAACAAAUCGACAAUUAAGUUAAUGCAUUUUAAGAUAUGUUACAUGUAGAAAGACAAAUUAGGGAUGAGACACAAAAGAAAAUAUUUAAUAUGAUAGAAGAUAUCCAUUAAAGAAUUUAAACUGAAUUAAGAAGUGAGAAAUAACAAAGAGAAUCUAUGGCUGAUUAGUUAUUGAGAUUACUAGAAGACACAUGCGUUAGAAUUGAUGAAUAGUUUAAUAAUUGA